AGGAUGCCGAGAAACCCUUAAGAUGUGUAGUUGAAAGAUCAGUUGGACCUCACCUGGAAGAAUCAUCGUAUACCAUCUAUCAUUGAAAUAUAAGUUGUAGCUGACCACUUUGAUGGACGUCUUUGGAUCAUUUGGAGCCGCCGAAUGCUUCAGGAUAAUACAGAAGAUUUUCCCAUGCUCCAUACGGGCCAACCAACUGACUUCUGUACACAACUACUUGGCACAUCCGGUUUCAAAUGCCCAUCUAAUUCCCAUUUCCGUUCUGUAAUACUUUUUGUGCUUGUUCCACAUUCCCGUAUUGCAACAAGAAGAAUAUAUGUCUGUCUGUGUAAUUGCUUAGCCAUCCUUGAAUAUUUCAGCGAUUUCUUGAUUUUAAAAUUGCCGGGGAGGUGUAUUUCUUUUCCUCUACAAUUACGGGAGAAAUGUAGUGUAUUUUUCAACUUUUUCAGAGAUUUUUUAGUGGAGAAAUUGAUUUAUGGAACUUACAAGAUGUUCAUUUUAAUUUUUAUAUUAUUAGUAUUGCUCCCUUUAGUUUAGCACCCUAUCAUUUCACUUACAAUUAGAAAGGUUGUAUCACUGCACGUGGUGUCAGGAUGGCUCAUCGCGGCUUGAUCUACAAAAAAUGCGGGAUUUUUCCCCCAGAAAAAUGUGACGUCAGCACAUUGCCAAUCAUGCAAAAUCAGUUGAAAAGUCUGUGUCUCUUCUCCCACAUUUCUCAAAGAUCAAACCAAUACAGGGCAUUUUGACACCACGUGUGACUGUUCAUCUUGAAGAUAUCAAUAAAUAGAACUAUAGAAAAA